AUGGUGGUUCAAAAAGAAUUAGAUUUAAACAAACCAUUAGAUGCUAAUGCAGCGCCAGUGUUGACUAAGACAACAUUGAAACCGGAGUUUUCAAAAGCCGCCAUUGUUUUGCACGGAGAUCGUUACAAGCAAUUACAAGCCAAAUUAACCAAGUAUGUUUUAUGGCAUCCAAUCUCAGUCGUGGUUUAUACAACAGUACUUCCCGUGGUAGUAGGCUAUGCCUUGUGGGAUUAUAUUAGUAUCAGCGAUAAUUUGAUAGAGUUCUACCAUAUUAUGAUGAGAGAAAAGAAAGAUUUUAUAUUCUCCUUUUUCACAGCGUUCCCGUUGUUUGCUAGUGUUUUUGCUUCCUUUGGAUUUCUAGCCUAUAUAGUUGGAGAAGAUAUGGGGAUUAUUACUUCAAAAUUCUAUGCACAAAAGUAUUGUGAUUAUAUUUUCGGAUUUGACAUCAAAUCAUAUUCCCAAAAUGAAAAUGGCAAAGACAAGAAAUUAGCCAGAAAAAGUCUAGACACCCAAUUAAUUGUUUAUCGUGAUUCACCUAUUGCUAUUUGUACAUUAGCCGUGGAUGAAACCCAGUCAAGUGCAGCAAAUUUUGUCGUGAGAAUCACUGGGAUUCAUGUAAGAAAGGUCUUUCAAAAAGUUAACUUUGAAGAAGUUUUAAUUGAUUGGGCAGUUGUCCGGGCCAGAGAAUUAUACCAGGAAUUUCUUACUUUGAAAAAUUUAAAGACUCCUCCAGAAAAUAGUUCGAUAUUAAUCACCAUAGAUGCUUAUUCAUUUGACAAUGCUUUUGAGAAAUCAUUGUACGCUCAUGGGUUUAGAAUUUUAGAUUCGUCAUUUGAAUUGAACCCUUUCAACCCAACAGUCUCUUGGUAUAAGGAAAAGUUGUACAGAUUUUUAAAUGUUUCCAGAGACACAUUUGGAUUAAUGUUAACUAUUGCCAAAGACGAUAUCGAUUUAAUUAACAGUGAUACCAAACAAAACGACAAAAGCAAGAUCAAUAAAAGACAUUAA